UCCAAACAACACUCAACAGCAACCAACCUCUCAUCAAGGAAGCCAAGAAGAACAACAGCAGCGCAGCAAGGCGGCAGCCGAUCCGACCAACUCACCACCACCCGCAGCGCCGCCACCGGGGAUCCCCCACCACCACCAACCACAGGAUCUCUUCCCCCCACCUCCCACAACCCCGGAUCCCUCCUCCUCCCCCUUCCCUCGAUGCGGCCAGCGUCGCCGCCUCAGGAUCCGGCGAUCUAGCUGCCCCCGUCGCUGCAACUGCUUGCUGCUGCUGUCUGGUUCUUUCUUGGGGGGGCGCCUCCGGCGAGGAGGAGGAGGAGGAGGAGGAGGAGGUAGAUGAGGUUCUGGAGGGACAGCGGCGGGGGCGGCAGCGGCGGAGGCCGGGACCUCAACGGCGGCGGCACCCCCUGCGGCCAGGUGCGCGUGCUCGUCGUCGGCGACUCAGGUGUGGGGAAAUCAUCAUUGGUUCAUCUCAUUCUGAAAGGCUCUGCAAUUGCUCGACCACCCCAAACGAUUGGAUGCGCAGUUGAUGUUAAACAUAUUACUUAUGGAAGUCCUGGAAGUUCUUCUAAUAGCAUUAAUAGCAUUAAGGGUGAUGCUGAAAGAAACUUUUUUGUUGAGCUCUGGGACGUUUCAGGACACGAGCGCUACAAAGAGUGCCGAUCACUUUUUUAUUCUCAAAUUAAUGGUGUCAUAUUUGUUUAUGACCUCUCUCAGAGGAAAACAAAGACAAAUUUGAACAAGUGGGCAGUGGAGGUUGCUGAAUCAGGGACCUUUUCAGCUCCUCUUGGGUCUGGUGGUCCAGGAGGCCUUCCGGUUCCUUACUUAGUGAUUGCGAACAAGGUGGAUAUUGCUCCAAGAGAUGGUAAAAGAGUUAGCAGUGGAAAUCUUGUUGAUGUUGCUCGUCAAUGGGUUGAGAAGCAAGGCCUACUUCCAUCCAGUGAAGAACUUCCACUUGCAGAAAGCUUCCCUGGCAAUUCUGGUUUGCUCACGGCUGCUAAAGUGGCAAGAUAUGACAAAGAAGCUUUGGUUAAGUUCUUCCGCAUGUUGAUAAGGAGAAGAUAUUUUUCAAACGAGCUUCCUGCUCCUAGCCCAUGGUCCCUCACUCCCAGAGAGGAUACCAUUCUUCCUGUAGAAACAACGAAUGAUGAUGACCUGUUUCAAAGGAAAAGCUACGCUGGCCAGAGUUACAAAUACAGUGGCGUUACGCCAUUGCCUGCUCAGCGGAAUCUAACUCCACCACCCACUCUCUACCCGCAGCAACCAAUGUCAUCGUCUUCAGAGAACUACAGAUAUCACAGGUUCUCCUCAUCGGCAAUUCCUGACGCAAGCAGUAGUAGAACGAACCGAGCAGAUAUCAAUAUAUGAUCCAAGAGCUCGCAUGCAUUACCACUUCCAAUGUGAAAAAUCUCAUGCUGCUAUGGUAUUUUACUUGAUCCCACUUUGUGUAAUCCUGAUAUGCUCACCUGUCUUGCCUUGAAAUGUGCAUGUAGUCGAGGUGCUCUUUUUGAUUGUCCUCAUCUUGGCAUACCACUAAUGAUCAAUUCUUUUAUAUCUUCUAUAUUGUUGAAUUGUGUUUUGUAAUGAAGAUCACACAUGUUUAUAAAUUAAUUAAUAGAAGCAUUUAGGGUGGCCGGAGUGUGUGCUGUUGUCAGUGUAACACCGAUUUAUCAUUUUCGAUCAAGCUGAGUUCUUGCCAACUCCCUCAAAAGUCAUCUGUAAGGGCGAUUUCUGGGCUGCAAAUCAACGUUGUUUGUCAGUACUGUGUUCGGUCUUCAAAGUUCAAAUGUGUUCAUCCCUUGUAAAUUUUGUUUGGGAGGUACUUUCUCCGUUUCACAAUGUAA